AUGAAGGAAUCAAGUGUUGGUCGUAUUGCAUUUGGUAUUUGUAUCUCGUUGACAAUGAUUUUUACUCUCAUUUCUUUACUUACUCCUGCUUGGCGAACAUUUGAAAAAAGGCCUGAAGCAUUAAAUAAAGGCCCAGCUAUACCAGCUUCUAUUGGCCUAUUUCGUUAUCAAUGCUUUGGAAAUUUACAAAAAGAUGAUGGCAAAAUUGGCAAAGAGAAGAGGCCAGAUAAUGAUUUUUGCAAUUACAUUUUUGAUAAUCGUGCAGCAUGGGAUGUAACAGUAGUUUAUACAUUAAUAUCAUCAUUGAUUAUCGAAUUAAUUGCUAUUUUAUAUUUAUUUUUACCACGAGAAUUUUGCUGUGAACAUUAUGAACAUAUGGCAGCACCAUUUAGUAUUUUUGCUUCAACUAUAUUUAUAUUAUUAUUUUAUGGUGUUAUUACUUAUGCAGAACGUUAUGCUGAAAUUUCAAUUUUACUUGAGACUUUCUCACAAACUGAAGGUCACAGUGGCUUACAUCCAUCAAUGAUUAUUAUUGGCCUUGGCUAUAGCUAUUAUUUAUCAUGUAUUGCUUUUGUUUUUUCUUUUUUAUCACUUAUUGUUGGUAUACUUAAUGUUACCUUAGCUUGGUGUUUUCUUUGGUAA